UUGUUCAGCACUUUGUCAGCAGCGGUCCUCCACCAUUUCGCUGCGUAAAGUCUCCUCCCCGCAAUCGCUACAUUCUGCGCCGAACCCACUCUCUCCCGGUCCGUAUUUUAACUUCUUCUCAGAUACCUACUUGUACCUCGUUGGGUACCGGGAGACAGUUUGGAUUAUUAGCAUUACGGAUUGAGUACGAUUUCAUGCGGAUGACGACUUCUUCAACAAGAAUUUAGUAAAAGAAAAUUGGUCGGAAAUUUCAGAAUAUGAGGAGGGGAUCUUAAUGUCAGCAUCCUGGAAGUAGAAAGCACAGAAGAUCUGUGUGUGACACCACAGACAGGGGCAGAGUGUAGCCGAGGCGACGCGGGGGGAGGAAGCUCCCGGGGGGAGGUGGUGCAGCGGCACGACCCCCCGGCUGUGGAUGUGCUAGGUGUCGACCCUCUGGCUGCACAGAAUGUGGCUGGGUUGUCACCUCAGCAUGCCCCGCAGCCGGUCGCAGCUGCCCCCUUCCCAGCCCCACUGUUGGUCCACGCGCCCACGCUGCCCACGCCAGAGAGCGACGUCCCGGCGGCCCUCGGUGCGGAGAGGGACCCUGCGUCCAACACACCCCACACUGUUUCCCAAGGCUCCGAGGAAGGCCUUCCAGAAGAGCGGCUCAAGGCUUCUCCGGAGAGCGUCCAAGGUGGAGGCUCCGCUCCAAUACCCCCCUCUGAGAACUGCAGCCCCUCUGCCGGCCUGCAGAGGAGCCCCCCUCCCCUCACGCCUCCACCUCCUACCCCGUCGUCAGGCAUACAGACUGACGUCACAGGGCAAGAGCUCCACUACGGGUUACAAACUGAGACAGAAAUCUGCCAGUCAGAGUGUGGUGAAACCCAGACCGAGGCUGGUGGACUGCUGGUUAUUACAGAGGCAGAGGCGGGACCAGUGGCCUCAGCCAGGGACAUUUUGGAAUAUAACUCAGAGACUAGACCAGACCAGUCACUCUGUGGAGGAGAGCACACAAUCACAGACAACCUCCCACAAGCCCCCUCUCCACCCAGUCCCAGCGCUUCCUCCCCUGACCGCCAACGCUGCGUUGCAAACCUUUCACUCCAGGACGCCGCUAUGGAGCAGUCCACAACGGCCGCCCAACAAACUGACGCCCCGACGUCGCAGCCGCAAAUCCUCAGCCAGGGCCCCAGCGGUGCCGGGGAACCGACUGGAGGUGUUGGAUCCAUGUCGGUCGGGAUACAAGAGCACGCCACGGAACUUUCAGACUCCGCUCAUAAACAAACACUAUCUCAGCCUCCCUCGUCGGAGGUACUUGAGAAUGCCGGGCCGGGAGAAACGGUGUCCGGGGCGGAGCCGUGUGCUGGUGAACAGAGCACCGCCUCCGUCAGCACGGCCGAGCUGGAGCCAGCGGAGAGCAGCGGCACCGUGGACACCUAUAGUGUAGUCUCCUUCACGUCGGCGGGCUAUGCGUUGCAAAUACAGCCCCCUUCUGCACCCAAUGUCCUCCACCCGGACCCGGCGGGCUCCAGCCAGGCGGAGGCGUUUGUUGAACUGGGGUCCGCUGCCCUGGCGGACCAGAUCUCCACGGUGGAUGUGCCAAUGAUCUCAGAGAUGGUGCAUUCGUCGGAAACUCAGAGGAUCGUGAUCGUCGGGGACCCGUCCCACCUCGGUGGGGAUUGGUCGGCGAUGCACGUCAAUCAGAGCUACCUAGUCCAACAGGAGGACGGCAGCAUCUGUGAGGCCUCCGUGGUCAACGACCUGUCCUCUGGCCAGCCCAAGCUCUACGGAGAGGGCCUCCAGCUGGACUCCCAGCCCGUCGUCUAUGAGAUCUGCAGCCUGGUCGAGGGCGUAGCCGAGGAGACGGUCUGCGUCAGCAGCACCGUGCAGCCCCGCUCCCCGGGCUACGAGGUCAACUUGUUCAACGCGCUGCUGGAUCACUCUGAGGAGUACCCGGGGAAAGAGGGUCUGAGCCUGCACAUGGAGGCCCCCCUCUGCGGCGUGAGCGACGCCGACGGCGUCCUGAUCGCCCAGCAGGCCUUCCCCUUGUCGGGGGCCUCCGCGGUGAUGAGCCACAACGUCUCCGUCUCGCACCCCGUCACGGCCGCCCUGGGCUCGCGCCUAGUGUCAGACAUUAGUCAGGCUGUCCAAGUGCCCGGCCUGAGUGAGCUGUGUGUCGUUACGGCCAGCAGUGAGCUGCACCCCUUGGCCCCAUGUCUGCCAGCCGACGCUGUUGUAUCGUACAUGGUGGAGGCCCCUUCUCUUCAGAUGGGUGGACCAGAACCGUCCACUGGUUCCUCCGCUCUCGUUUCCCCCGUGCAGUUUGUCAUCCCGGAGGAGGUGGCUAUGGACUCGUCGCUCGCUGUUUCAAUUCAGACGGAUCCGCCACAGUGUCCGGGCGUCACUGUUGAAAACGCUGUGCAGCUGGGGGCCUGUGGGGCUCCUUCAGACGGAGGGACCAAAGACAAAUCAACUCUGAGCAGAGCCGCCACACCAGAGACUGCCUCCCCUGCCGUAAAUCCAAAGUUCCUCCCACACACUAAGUCUCCCCUCCUCGGACAGACACCUUCUGUUUUGUCGCAGGUGCCCGAGAUGCAGAACUCUGCUGAACACGUUCUUGCCAACGCCCACAGCCUCCGGGCGGGCUCGGUGUCUGAAGAGUGCCUUCCAGAGGCCGUGUCGCUCACAGACCCGGUGCCAGAGACUGUUGCUGUUGGCUGCCAGAGCCAUCAGGCUCAGCGUCCCGUCAACAGGUCACCCGCCACCGCACCUUCCACCGAGGCCUUGUGCCGACCUACAGCUGAAAGCGCCUGCCACGGAACCCUUCAAAGCAACUCGGACAAUGAGGCCUUAACUGCGGCAGAACCCUCGACAGGGCGGCAACUACCUGGACUCCCAAGUGUUGCCUCCUCUAAAAGCACCGCCGCUCCGAGCGCCCCCCAGUCCCACGGUGCGUCACCGGCUACGUUGGACGCAAAGGCCCCCUCUCUCACUGCCCAGGAGCGUCCUGACGCCCAGUCCUACUUCCUCUGUGAGGGUGAGGAGAUGGAGCAGGAAGGCUCCCCUGAAGAAGCCCCGUCCCAGGAACCCGCCUCGGGGGAGGCCAGCAGUGAAGAGGAGGGCAGCGAGGAGGAGGAGGAGGAGGAGGAGGAAGAAGAGUCGGAGGGCGACAAGACAGAUUACGGGAUAACCACUCCGAGCCCGGCCAACCAGGUUCGACGGUGGAUAGCGGACCGGGUCGUGGCCAGCGCCUCGCCCGCCUCGCCCUUCUCCUCCUCCCCGUCGCCGGGUCCCUCGUCGGCCAGCGACUGGUCAACCCCGCGAGAGAGGGCCUCGCUUCUCCGGGGCCCCCACGGCAAGUUCCUCUCCCCCAGCUGCUCGUCGUCCCCGACAGACCAGACCACCCCCCACCGGCCCCGCGGAGAGAAGGACAUGGCGGAGCGGGCCAAACACGAAGCAGACAUCGAGCACCGCAGCCAGUCCCUGAAGAAGGAGGGCUACUGGUCCACCAAGCGUCUGACCCGUCUGACGGAGCCCGUCCGGCCCAAGGUCCACUGGGACUACCUCUGUGAGGAAAUGCAGUGGCUCUCUGCUGACUUUGCCCAGGAGAGGCGCUGGAAGAGAGGGGUGGCCAGGAAGGUUGUGCGCAUGGUGAUGAGAUACCACGAGGAUCUGAGGCAGAAGGAGGAGAAGGCCAAGAGAGACGAGCACUCCAAAGUCCGGCGGAUCGCCUCCUCCAUUGCCAAGGAGGUCCGGGCCUUUUGGAGCAGUGUUGAGAAGGUGGUGCAGUACAAGCAGCAGUCCAGACUGGAGGAGAAGAGGAAAAAGGCUUUGGACCUUCAGCUGGACUUCAUCGUGGGCCAGACUGAGAAGUACUCAGACCUUCUCAGCCAGUCCCUGGCCCCUGCAGCGCCAACGGAGACCCCAGACGUGCAACCAAAGAAACCUUUUCCCACGGCCGGAGAAGACGACGGCGACCGAGACUUUGAGCCCCCUGGUGAGGAGGAGGAUGACGAGGAGACCAUCGACGUGGAGGAGCAGCAGGAGGGCAACGACGCAGAGAGCCAGCAGAGGGAGAUCGAGCUGCUGAAGCAGGAAGGAGAGCUUCCCCUGGAGGACCUCCUACGCAUGCUCAAGGGCCCUGCGGACUCGGCCUCCGAGGAGGGCUCGGAUGACAACUCCACCUCAGUCGAGGAGGAAGACGGGGAGUUUAAUGCCAACGAAGAGGAUGCCGAGGAUCAGGAGGACACCAUCGAUGCCCAAGAGAAGGUGGAGGGCACCGUGGACCAUGCAGAAGAACUGGACGACCUGGCAAAAGAAGGUGACCUGAGCAUGGAUGAGCUUCUGGAGAAGUACAAGGGGGCCUACACGUCAGACUUUGAGGAGCCCUCUGCCUCGGCCUCUAAAGCCAGCUCGGACUCUGAGGUGUCUGGGGACGACGAAGUAGAGACGGAGGAAGAUGAGAGCGAUGCGGAAACUAACUCCUCCUCUUCAGAUUCACCAGAAGACAGCGAGGAAGAGGACAGUGAGAAGGACGAGGAGCAGAGUGAUGAGGAAGAGGAGGAUGAAGAGGAGGGUAGUGACGAGGACAGCUGUGGGGAUGAGGGCAUGGAGGUCCUGCUCAAAGAGGGAGACAACAGCCCUCCGUCCGCCGGCUCCAGACCCAAGAAGGAGAUCAGCCACAUUGCUGCUACUGCCGAGAGCCUGCAACCCAAAGGCUACACGCUGGCCACCACUAAGGUCAAGACGCCCAUCCCUUUUCUCCUGGACGGCACCUUGCGUGAAUACCAGCACAUCGGCCUGGACUGGCUGGUCACCAUGUACGAGAAGAAGCUCAACGGCAUUCUGGCCGACGAGAUGGGCUUGGGCAAGACCAUUCAGACCAUAGCUCUGCUUGCCCACCUGGCCUGUGAGAAAGGCAACUGGGGCCCUCACCUCAUCAUCGUCCCCACGAGUGUGAUGUUGAACUGGGAGAUGGAGCUGAAACGCUGGUGUCCUGGUUUCAAGAUCCUCACUUACUUUGGCAGUCAGAAGGAACGCAAGAUGAAGAGACAGGGAUGGACCAAGCCUAAUGCGUUCCACGUGUGCGUCACGUCCUACAAGCUGGUUCUUCAGGAUCACCAGGCGUUCCGACGCAAGUCCUGGCGCUACCUGAUCCUGGAUGAGGCCCAGAACAUCAAGAACUUCAAGUCCCAGCGCUGGCAGAGCCUUCUCAAUUUCAACAGCCACAGGAGACUGCUGCUGACGGGGACGCCCCUGCAGAACAGCCUGAUGGAGCUGUGGUCCCUGAUGCACUUCCUCAUGCCCCACGUGUUCCAGUCCCACCGAGAGUUCAAGGAGUGGUUCUCCAACCCGCUGACGGGGAUGAUCGAGGGCAGCCAGGAGUACAACGAGGGCCUGAUCAAGAGGCUGCACAAGGUGCUGAGGCCCUUCCUGCUGCGCAGGAUCAAGGUGGACGUGGAGAAGCAGAUGCCCAAGAAGUACGAGCACGUGGUGCGCUGCCGCCUGUCCAAGAGGCAGCGCUUCCUCUACGACGACUUCAUGGCGCAGGCAGCAGUACGGGAAACCCUGGCCAGCGGACACUUCAUGUCAGUGAUCAACAUCCUGAUGCAGCUCCGUAAGGUGUGCAACCACCCCAACCUGUUUGACCCGCGGCCCAUCCAGUCCCCCUUCAUCACCAAGCCCAUCGUGUUCCGCACGGCCUCCCUGGUGCAGGACGUGCUGGAGGUCUCUCCUCUGAAGCGCUGUGACCUGUCCAUGUUCGACCUCCUGGGCUUAGAGGGACGGGUCUCUCGGUACCGGGCCGACGUCUUCAUGCCCCGUCACAAAGUGGGCCGGCAGCUCAUCCAGGAAAUCAUGGAGCCACCGGAGCCGCCCCCUAGACCCAAACCAGUGCGCAUGAAGGUCAACAGGACUCUCCAACCGCCGCCCAAGACGGACAGUCGGCCGGUUCUGCUCAUGAACAAGCCCACCUGCCCGGUGCCGCCUGCCGCGCAGACCCCUAAAGCCCCCAGCGUCGCCGAGACCCCCCCACCACCGGCCCCCGUGGUCCAACAAGUUGUGUGUUCAGUGGCCACCACGCCGCCACCUCCGCGCCCACUAGUGCACCCCAACCCCCAGACGGCGGUGAGGUCCAGUGGCCCCCGGCCCAUCCUCACCGUCAGGGCCCCCAGCGCCCCCGGGGCCCCCAGCGUGCCGGCCCAGCCCACCCCCAUCCCCAGCCAGGUCCUGCCCCAGAGGGUGCUGCUCAGUCCUGACAUGCAGGCCCGGCUGCCCUCUGGUGAGGUCGUGAGCAUUGCCCAGCUGGCCUCCCUGGCCGGCCGGCCCAUGUCAUCGUGUCAGGGCAGUAAACCGGUCACCUUCCAGCUCCAGGGCAACAAGCUGACUCUGUCUGGAGCUCAGAUCCACCAUGUCCCAAUGGCACCGCCGCGCCAAGUACAAGGUAAUGUGAUGCACCUGGUGUCCAGUGGGGGGCAGCACCACCUGAUCAGCCAGCCGGCCCAGGUGGCUGUCCUCAGCACAGCCGGCACACACCCUGUUCACACCUCUCCAGCUCCCAUUGGGACCCAGCUGCCUCUCAGUGUCUCCUCUCAAGUGACCUCCUCCAUGGUGAGCAGCCCUGGCAUCGUGAAGAUCGUCGUGCGCCAGGCCACCGGCAAGGAGGGCGGGACGGUGCCCACCCUGGCCGUCGCCCCGUCGCCCCGCGUGGCCCCCCUGCAGUUCACCCCCGUCAGGACUCCCCUGACGGUCUCCCAUCGCACCCCUGGACCCGCCACCGCCACCUACACCAUGGCCCCCCCCAGGAUCCCCAGCGCCUCCCCGGCCCUGCCCCAGCCCCCCCGCACCAUCCUGAAGGUGGUGCAGGCCCCCCCGCCCCCCGUGGUGCAGUCAGCUCCAGUCCUGGUGACCCCUUCAUCGUCGACCUCGAUGGCCUCCACCUCUACCUCCAAGUCUUCAGCAGUGGCACCGCGGGACACCAGCGUCGGCAGCAAGCCCGCCCCCCCUCCCAAAGCCAGCCCGGCCUCACGAGCCCCCCCCUGGCCGAGGGUCCCCACCCGUGCGCCUCGUCGCUCCCUUUUCUACUUGUCCUCGCUGGCAGAGCUCCGUGAAGAACAGCACCGCAGCAAGCUGGACUUCCUGUCCCGGGUCAACGACCUCCACUGCGGAGCCAGGCCCAUCUACGGUCUGGAGGUCCUCGACUUCCUGACCUUCCUCCCGGGCUCCAAGCCCUCUCCGGCCCCCGUGGGCCCCCUGGGGGAGUGGGGGCGGUCGGGCCACACGGCCUGCCUGUUGGCCCAGUCCCAUCACCACGCGGACCACUGGGUCCAGAGCCGGGCCCUGAAGGAGGCCAUCCACAGCCCCGAGCAGAGGCUCAACCUGCUCUACCACAUGAUCGACCGGUUCACCUUUGUGAUCCCCCCGGUGGAGGCGGCCCCCAUCACCAUGCACUGCUGCCACCCGCCCCCCUCGCUGAGCCACAAGCAGGUCGUCUUCUCCUCGGCCCUGUCCACGCAGCUCGCCCCGCUGACGCGCAACCUGCACCGCAUCCAGUGCAACAUGCGGACCCACUUCCCCGACCUGAGGCUCAUCCAGUACGACUGUGGCAAGCUGCAGACCCUCCACACGCUGCUGCGGCGGCUGAAGACGGGCGGCCACCGGGUGCUCAUCUUCACCCAGAUGACGCGGAUGCUGGACGUGCUGGAGCAGUUCCUCAACUACCACGGACACAUCUACCUGCGUCUGGACGGCAGCACCCGCGUGGAGAUGAGACAGUCCCUGAUGGAGCGCUUCAACAACGACCGCCGCAUCUUCUGCUUCAUCCUGUCCACGCGCAGCGGCGGCGUGGGGGUCAACCUGACGGGCGCCGACACCGUGGUGUUCUACGACAGCGACUGGAACCCCACCAUGGACGCCCAGGCCCAGGACCGCUGCCACCGCAUCGGCCAGACCAGAGACGUGCACAUCUACCGAUUGAUAAGCGAGCGCACGGUGGAGGAGAACAUCCUGAAGAAGGCCAAUCAGAAGAGGAUGCUGGGAGACAUGGCCAUCGACGGAGGAAACUUCACCACGGCGUUCUUCAAAGAGCAAACCAUCCGGGAGCUGUUUGACGUGAACGAGGGGGAGAAGAAGGAGGCGGCGGCCGAGGUGGUGGUGGUGGCGGCCCCCCAGCCGGAGGACGACGAGUCGGCCCACAAGCAGAGCACCACCAUCCUGGAGCAGGCCCUCUGUCGCGCUGAGGACGAGGAGGACAUCGUAGCCGCCUCCCAGGCCAAGGCGGAGCAGGUGGCGGAGCUGGCGGAGUUCAACGAGAACAUCCCAUUGGACGACGGAGGGGACCAGGAGGAAGUGGAGGAGCUUUCCAAGGCGGAGCAGGAAAUAGCCGCGCUGGUGGAGCAGCUCACUCCCAUAGAGCGCUAUGCAAUGAACUUCCUGGAGGCGUCCUUGGAAGACGUGUGUAAAGAGGAGCUGAAGCAAGCGGAGGAACAAGUGGAGGCGGCCCGGAAGGGCCUGGACCAGGCCAAGGAGGAGGGCCUGAAGCACAACGCCUCCUCGGACGACGACGUGUCGUCGCCGCCCGCCUCCGCGGAGACCCCCGCGGUGACCCCCGCCCGCCGGGGCCGGAAGCCCAAAGACAAGAGCGCCACCUCCACCCGGACCAGCGGCCGGCUGCGGGGCGCGUCCCCGGAGCCCGAGCCCAGCCCGCCGCCGGCCCCCCGAGAAGUGCCUGAGAGACCCCGCUCCGGCCUGAGAGGCCGACCGCCGUCCAAAGACUCGGCGGUGGCGGCGGCGGCGGCUGCUGCGGCGGCUGCUUCCCCCCCCAGCACCAGCACCGCUAGCCCGACCCGCGCAGACCCCAACACUAAGAGCCCCGCCUCCUCCAAACACGCUAAAGACUCCUCCCCCACCAGAGAGCCCGCUAAAGGCAGGACUCUGAACCGCUCCGUCUCCGGCCCAGUGCCUUCCCCUGCCCCCUCGUCCCCGGCCAAGGGGAGACCCCAGACCGACGGGCCGACAGAGGGUCAGCGUUGUGCCGCUCUGGAGCCCAGGGGGAAGGAGGAGAGGGCGGAGGAGCAGGUCACUACCGAGAGGGAGGAGCCCUGUAGUAAAGAGAAGGUGGCUAAUAAGGAGAAGGUGGCUAGCGAGGAGAAGGAGAAGGUGGCUAGUGAGGAGGAGAAGGGGGCUAGUAAGGAGGAGAAGGUUGCUAGCAAGGAGAAGGAGAAAGAGGAGAAGACGGGCACGAAAGAGAGGUCCAUGACAGAGGUCUCGCCAUUGGAGUCCAACUGCCCCGUGGACCACCAGAUGUACUCGGCCAGAGAGGACACCACGCACAUGGACGCCCUCGGUCCUAUUCCGGUCAGCUCCAGCUCCCGCUCGCCCCGCAAGCGGCAGUCUGCGGACGGGGAGGUCCUCAAGGGGCUGUCGGAGGACUCGCCCUCCGCCAAGGUCCUCCGGAAGCUCCCCGGCAGGCUGGUCACCGUGGUGACGGACAAGGAGCCACGCAAGAGGCGGAGGCGGGCCAGCGGCACGGGCGGCCACGGCUCCUCGGAGGAGGCCGCCGAGGAGCAGGCGGGGGGCUCCGCAUCUGAGCCCGGCCGGGACGCCGCCCCCCAGAGCCCCGAGAGCAAACCCAAAGGGCCCCCCGGUAAGGACCAGGACCACGGCCCCGCUCUCCCCACCCCCCAGCCUCGGGGCUACCACCCCUACUCCCCGCCCCACGCCUCUCCGGACAUGCCCGUGCUGAGGAACCUCCCCGUGCGGCGGCGGCUGGAGACGGAGUCCCGCAUGGCGGCCCAGCUCAGCGAGCAGCAACACCAGCUGGGCCGCGGCCGGGGCGCCGGGGCGGCCAGGAAGACGGACACGCCGCCCGGCAGAGACCCCGCCGCCGCCGCCGCCGGGACGGCUCCCAGCGAGAACUCUGUCGCUGCUACGCCAGUGAAAAGGAAACGAGGAAGACCUCCUAAGACUCCUCCCUCGCCCUUAGUCCAGCCCUUGCCCCCGCCCCCCCCACCCAAGGCCGAGGCCAGCCCCACCAUCUCUCCCAAACGCAGGAGGGGGCGUCCCCGAAAGGACGCCUCACUUGUGGCAGACAUUACAGGACAGAAACCCAAUAACAAAACCACUGCCAGUCCUGAUCCAGGGUCGAAGACCACCGCUCAGAAGCCUGGUAGCUCACAGGUUCAGUCGCCCCCCGCCAAGCCCCUCCCUGCCCCUCCAGUAAAGACUGUUGUUUACCCCAGUAAGGCUUCCCUGCCCUCCAAGCCCCUACCGUCCCCUCCAGUUGUUGGUCCCAUUAAGGCUUCCAUGCCCUCUAAGCCCCUACCCACCCCUCCGGCUCAGAGUGUUGUUGGCCCCAGUCAGGCUUCCCUCCCCUCUAAGCCCCUACCCCCCCCUACAGUAAAGACAGUUGAUGGCCCCAGUCAGGCUUCCAAGCCCCUGCCCACCCCUCCAGCAGAGACUGUUGUUGGCCCCAGUCAGGCUUCCCUCCCCUCUAAGCCCCUACCCCCCCCUACAGUAAAGACAGUUGAUGGCCCCAGUCAGGCUUCCAAGCCCCUGCCCACCCCUCCAGCAGAGACUGUUGUUGGCCCCAGUAAGGCUUCCCUGCCCUCUAAGCCCCCACCCCCCCCUCCAAUACAGAUCGUUGUUGGCCCCAGUCAGGCUUCCCUGCCCUCUAAGCUCCUACCCCCCCCUCCAUUACAGAUCGUUGUUGGCCCCAGUCAGGCUUCCCUGCCCUCUAAGCUCCUACCCACCCCUCCAUUACAGAUUGUUGUUGGCCCCAGUCAGGCUUCCCUGCCCUCUAAGCUCCUACCCACCCCUCCAUUACAGAUUGUUGUUGGCCCCAGUCAGGCUUCCCUGCCCUCUAAGCUCCUACCCACCCCUCCAUUACAGAUUGUUGUUGGCCCCAGUCAGGCUUCCCUGCCCUCUAAGCCCCUAUCCACCCCUCCAGUAGAGACUGUCGUUGGCCCCAGUCAGGCUUCUCUUCCCUCCAAGUUGGAGAAAACAGAUACGAUGAACACAUCUGGUCCAGCAGCUUCUGUCCUCCAGCCAUCACCCAUCUACCCAUCCCCAAGAGAGCAGAAUCCUAAACCCAGCCCCACAAACUUGUCAGGUCCUGCCGCAGAUCCAGCCCGAUUGCCUGUGUUCGCUCCCCCUCCACCGUCAUCGACCCCACCAGCCUCUGAUCUGAUCACGACCACAGCGGUGCCAGCUACAGUUCCUACCAUCACUACAGCCUCAGCCGCCAUCCCAGCUGCUAAACAAGCGCUGACAGCUCCCACACCGUCUGAAGUUAACGGCGGCUCCACGACAAUAAAAACAACUUCCCCACCCAUUGAAAAAUCAAUGCCGGUAUCAACAACGUCAUCGUCAUCUACAACGGCCUCCAUACCGGCCUCCAGACCAUUGCACGCCACACCUUCCGAUGUCACUUCAGUAGAAGUUACUUCAGAUGCUGCUGCUGCUGUAUCGGCUCCUCCCACAAAAGGCUGUGUCACACUCUCAAAAACAAACUGUUCACCGUUACCAGCGUGCCAGAGCACAUUUGUGAAAAACAUGGCCCCUUCCUCGGCCCAGCCUUCUGCAACACCGACGCCACCCUCUGGAUCUACAACCUCCACCUCCACACACCCAAUCAUGGAGACUGCCACGUCUACUGCACCACCUACUGAAGGUCCAGCCAGCGCAGUUAUGACUUCUGCUACUACCACCACCACCACCUCUUCGCCUACUUCAGGAACCGUGGCAGCACACACUGCCGCAAAGUCAUCAGCGGUCGAAAAGGCCAUCGCUAUCGCCCCUUCGUUGUCCACCGUGAAUCAAGUUACUGAACCUGCAGGUCCAACAACAACUGUCCCUGAGGAACCAAUCGCCAACUAUCCACCAAAAAAAAAAACUGAGGAGGCAGCAACUGCAGCCCCACUUACAACGCUCACACAAGCCACAUCCCUGACCGAGCCUGUUAUGGUUAAUUCUCCAGCUCCUUCUACCGUUUCUCGGCAUGCAAACAUCACCACCCAAGCAACCCCUGCAAAGACAACCACACCACCCCCUUCCUCAAAGGGAGUGGAAGAAGCAGAGCAGAGACCGGGGGGGACUUUAUCAACCUCCACUACUGGGGCUGCCACCCCUCAGGGGACGUCUAGCCCCGUGGCGGCGCAAGCCCCUCUGCAAUCAGCCUCGGCGUCUUCAUCUUCCACCGCAGAACCUACCACUGUCGCUAUGCCGACCGAGGUCUCGCCUAAUACCCAGGACACUCCAGCUACUGCUGCUGUACCCGGGUCCACAGAAACAGCAACUGGGACGGUUCCUCGUCCCGCCACCGCCCCCGCAGUCGUCCCCUCUCCAGUGCAGAAGGAGGCCUCCCAUGACGCACCACCGGAGGCAUCGGCGUCCGCCCAGACCGAGGGCCGGCCCCAGGGUCCCGCGCCGGCCCCCUCGGCUGACUGCUUGGCCCCUUCUCCACCAGAGCCAGUGUCCAAUAUGGAGUCUGAGAAGGAAGCCAGAAAGAACACCAACGCUGUUGAAGCCAACAUGGACAGUGGAGCUCCCGUUGAAGACGACAAGGCAGAGACUUCCAGCUCUCAGCCCGAGAAGAACGCCACGGAGUGUUCGGAGGCGAAGGCGCCCCCAGCGUCCCCCCGCCCCGAUUCCAAACCCACUGCAGGUGUUCCCAGGCGAGGGUCCAAGCAGGAGAGCGACGGAGACGAGAGGGCCUCGGGCACCAAGAGAUCCCAGAGUCGCCAGAGCAGCCGGGACUCGGCCCGCUCCUCCUCGCCAUCCUCGGGCUGCUCCACGGCCACGCUCACCCGCCGGGCGCACCACAGGAAGACCUACGAGAACCGGCACCCCACCAAGAAGAGGCGACUGGACGCCUCCCCCGAGCCCGGGGGGAGGCAGCAGGAGAAGGCGCGGCCGGGCAGGGAGCAGGCCAAGAAGCACCCCGCCGCCUCGCAGAGGAGACCCUCCCGCUCGCCCUCCUCCUCCUCCUCCUCUUCGGACCGCUCCUCGGACCGGAAGGAGCACCGGCUCACCCGCUCGGCCAAGCGCGGGCUGCAGGACCGCGGCGUCGGCGAUGGCAACCGGCCCAGGAAGAGGACCACCCGGAGCUCGGAGAGACGCAACGCCGCCGUGUCCACGGGCGGAGAGUCCGGCAGCGACGCGUCGUCGGGGAGGACCACCGGCAAGCACGGGAAGCCCCCGGCCAACAGCGUGCCCCCGGAGCCGGAAGUCCUGGGGAAGAGGUGCUCGGCCCUGAACGCGGCGGCCAAGCUGCUGGCCAUGAAGGGGCGGGUGGACACCCCCGGGCACACGCUGAGGAAAGACCCCAGGGCCGCCGGGAGCUCCCCGGCGGCUGACAAGAAGCCCAAAUCCAAAAGCUUGCCGGCCACGCCCCAGACCAACUCUGUGAACAGCGGCAACAACAGAGCCAGCGGCAGCAAGCCCUCCACGCCCAGCCAGUCGGGCCGCGCCUCGCGCUCCACCCGCCGCUGUCCCGGGUCCCUCCUGCCCCCCCUGGAGGGGACGGAGUACAAGAGGAGCCGGGGGAAGAAGGAGGGGAAGGAGGGCGAGUCGUCGCGGGGCCACAGCGCCUGCAGCAGCGGGAGCGGCGAGGGCGGCGGCGGCGGCGGCGGGCGCAGCAGCCGGAGCCGCAGCAGCAGCGGCAGCAGCCGGCGCUCACCCAGCCUCAGCUCCCAGAGCACGGGCCCCCGGGGGUCCCGCUCCCGGGCCGCGUCCUCGGGCAGCGAGCACGAGCGCAGCUCGGAGCGCCGCUCCACGCGCAGAGACAGGAAGGACGGGGGCAGCCGCUCAGGGGAGGGCCGACGGGAGAGCCGGCGCAGCAGCAGGCGGUCCCACAAGCUCUCCCAGGAGGCCAGCAGCAGCUCGGGGGCGGAGGGCACGCCGGACCGCGUGCUGCGGAGCGUGGCGGCGCUGGCGGCGGUGCACGCCCGCUCCCCGGCCGCCAGCACCCGCUCCUCGUUCAGCACCACCCGCUCCUCGUUCAGCAGCACGCUGUCCUCGGCCGCCAGCACCCGCUCCUCGUUCAGCAGCACGCAGUCCUCGGCCGGCCAGCAGCGCCACAACAAGACCUGACCGGGAGCGCCGCCGGGAACAUCACACGCCUAGAGGAAAGGGGAGGGUGCUGCUCCGGGGCAGCGCGGGGAGCGCAUGACACGACCUCCACGACGUUGCCGCUUUUUGUUUUUCGCUACAAAAUAAAAGCGCGAGAGUACUGUGACAGCGUCCACGCCAGCGGGUCUCCCCCGUCUCUUGGGUCUCCCCCCCCCUCCCAUCGGGAGCUGGUCUCCUCGCCAGUACGGCCAUCGUCUCCUGGGGGAUGGCUCAGAGAUGUCGGACUCAUGGGGGGGAACUAAAAGAAGACUAACAGAAGGCGCCCUGCGUGGGGUCGGUAGUGGGGAGCACUGCUCGGGGGGGGGGGGGGGGGGGGGUCAGAUGGUGGUUGGACACGCCCCUGGGGGGGUGGGUUGAAUACGAGUGAGGUGAUAAAACACAAGUUGUUGUGGAUUCACACUUAAGUACUGUAAUCAUUUAAAAGACUGGAAAAAAUACUCAAGUGUUAAAGGUGGGAUUAACUUGCACCCUCUGACGGGGUUAUUAAUGAAAGACCGUUUGUGCAACAAACAAGAAAAAUACUUUUUCAGAGAGCAGAUGUCUUGUAAGUUCAAGGUUUUAGACGGUUGGGUUCUGAAAUAUUUGUUGGCUGUUGGGACUAUUGUUUUGUAGUCGGUUGAUAAGUUAUGGAUAUUUUAUUAUUUCUUCCAGGGUAUCGGGAAGAGAAUCGAUCUGUAAAUGUGAUCUUUUCUGCACUAUGCUGGAGCUUGUCCUUAACGGGGGGGUGGGGGGGCUUUUGUUUUGUUUCUUCUUGCUUUCCAUGUUUUGGUCCUGUCAUUUUAAAUCCAGCCUUGCAUUUAUUCUUUGCACAUCUGAUAAAUGGCCCCAUCGCAACUGAACGCGUUUUUGUUUUUUUUAAAGCAGCCUCAAUCAUCUGCUACAUAACUGGGACCUCGCAAUGCAUUUCAGAGCCCUGAGCGUCUCCAACCCAACUCAAUUUCCAGGUAUUAUUUUGGCUCCCUUGGACUGCAGGCAUGCAACAGGAUCAUGGUCUUCUUUUUUGCUUUUUCUUAAGUUCUAUUAUGGUCAACCUGGUUUUGAACUGAUUCUGAAAAAGAGGGCCAUGAAUCAUUAUUGACAAUAAGAGUGCCUGUAUGGCCAAAAGGGUUAUGAACCUCGAUUUGCCUUCUGAAACUCUUGAACGUGUGGGCGGCGAACACUAGAAGCUAUUUGCUUAAAAAUGAAACGUCCCCCUACAAACAAACAAGGAUGUGCAACCAAAUCUUAUUUUUCUUUACUUUUUAUUCUUUUCCAUCUGAUACUGUACUGUUGCCAUGAAUUCAUUGCUCUUUCCUGUAAUGAACCUCAACAAAAUAUGUGAAUAAAAUACUGGUACAGUUCCAGAUAACAAUGUAAAUGGUCAAUUCACGUUGACUGGUUUUUGUCUAAAUAAUUUUGGGGCAGGGUGCUAUUUUGAGGGAAUGGGUAGUUUAUGGUGAUGGUCUAAUCUUGAUUUCGUUUGUUACAUUCCUUUUUGUUCCCUUGUAAUUCCACAUCGUUUUACUUGAAUUAUUGAAAAGAGAGUUGAAUAAAAAGACCAAAAGUUUA